AUGGAGGUUGAAAAGCUAAGGGUGACAAAUAAGCAACAAAAGGCAUAUUUAGUGUUAUAUUCUGGAUGGUUGUCAUGCAGAUCGCGUCACAUUGCUCCUUAUUUGCCUAAGCGCAUCAUGCGGCAGUUCGACUAUACUCAAACCAUUCCCAGACACCUUGUUGUCUAUACUCUUCCUGUCUUGACAUGUAUACAGAUAAAUGACAUGUUUGAUGAUUAUAAGAGUCAUAUGGUACUAGAGAAGGCACAGUCUACCAUAGCUGAGAGCGAUCGGAGCUACGUCGAAGGAUACAUCAAAUGGUUCUUCAGAGUGUCACGUUUGUACAUGGUGCAGGCUGCUCCAAGAGACCCAUCGAGACCUACUCAUCAUGAGACAUUAUAG